AUGGAGAUAAAGGAUGAGAGACCCAGAAAAUAUGUUUACAGGGCUGAGUUUAGGGGUGAACCAGAUAUAAAAAUAUUACAACUGGAUGGUGUUUUGUUAGGAGAUUUAAACAGAAGAGUUCUUCGUUUAUCACUUAGCGGAAAGGAAGAAGCACUUAAAAGUGCAAAAGCGAUGAUAGAUGCAAAGCAAGGAAUGCGUGAUCCGAAAGCAAGAUAUUUGUUUAUGAACCAAUAUCGUUAUUGGUAUGAUGAAAAACAUGGAGCUAUGGAAAGAAUGAGUCCUAACGAAAUUAUUAAGCAAGAAGAAUUAAGACUCCAAAAUAUCAAUGACCCUUGGUUUAGUAAACAAAUUGACAAUCUUUUUGGUCUAGAAAACAAAAAACCAUUCAAAGAAGAGGAAAAACCAGUUGAUGAAAAUGAUAGUGGCAACGAUUAUAAAGAACAAAAUAAAGAACAAAAUAAAGAACAAAAUAAAGAACAAAAUAAAGAACAAAAUAAUAGUUUUAACCUUAAAGGCCUUGCUAUUAUAGUUGUAAAAAAUUUAAUACCAAAAACCGAAACGGUUUAUAAAAUAAGAGAUGAAAAAGAAUACCGAGUUCCCUCUUUUGAGGAAUUUAUGAAAAAUUAUGAGAAUGAUGAAAACUUAGAAAAUAGUUAUAAUUCAGAAUUAGAAAGUUAUGGCAAUUUAGGAGAGGGGGAAGGAUAUGGACCUUGUUCUUACAGCACAUACGAAAUUGAUGGUAGGAAUAUAAAUAAGUGCGGAAGUUUAGAUUGCAGUUAUUAUCGGCGAAUAGUUGGUAAUAGAGUGGCUGGAACUACUACCGCUGCUGCUGGCAUUCUUUCGGGCGUUGCUCCUUUCACUAGUGGUGCAUCAUUAGCAAUAGCAACAGGCUUAAGUGCUGCUGCUUCAGUUAGUGCAGUAGGAGGAACCGCUUUAGGGGUCGCUGUAACAACCGAAGCCUUAAAUGAAAAUGAAUUAAAUAAAUUAGAAAGAGAGUUGAGGGAAGCGAUUGAAAAAAAGGAUAGAUGUAAAAGAGAUAGUGAUUACAGAAGAGAACAAGAAAAAAUAAGGGAAUUAGAAAAUAAAUACGUUAUUGAUAGUCGUCAAAAUUUUUUUAAUGACGAGGUUGAAAGGGAUGAACUUGAAUAUUCUUACAUUGACAAGGAUGCUCUGCCGUAUGGAGCCUUUGAAGAGAUAAGAGACAAGAUAUAUCGAAAGAUUCACAAAACUACUAAUAUGACUUACCAUAGUGCUGAUAAUGAUAGUAAUGUGGUUAAUCGUCGACGACAAACUGCCAUUGGAGAGAUUGAAGACCAAUUUGCUAUUUCUAAUAUAACUAUUGACGAAAUUGAAAGUUUGGCUCGGAACUAUGUAUCAAUUGAAAAUGUGGGACGAGAGAGAAGAUGUAGGAUUCAAGGUUUCAUUCAUGCGGUAGUCACCCGCCGUAAUGAAGGGGAUUAUGAAACAAAGGUUUCUUUCGAAAAAUAUUUGCGAGAAAAGAAAGAGGAAGCGAUUGACAAAAUUGAAGAAUAUUUGAUUAAAAAAAAUAUUUCAGAGGAGGAAUUGAAUAAAAAAAUAAGGAAGAAAGAUGAAAUUGAUAAAUUAAGUCGCCGUUUUACUUGUGCCGGUUGCGGUCGAAACCGAGAUGAUAUUUAUUUCCCCCACGAGGAAGAUGGUAAAAAAUUUUGUAUUGAUUAUCUUUGUUGGGAAAAAUACCGCAAGAGCAAUGGCAAGCCUGAGUUUCAUUAUAAAUCCCAAGUAAAGGAUAACACUAGAAUAAGAGAUUUAAAAAGUUUUUUAGAGGAAAGAAUAGGAGAAACGGAAUUCAGAACGAACAUCCGAUUUGGAAUUACUGAUAUCUCUCUCGAUAACAAUAAAUUAGUAAUCAAUUUUGGUAAUCGAACAAAAACUCUCGAUGAUAGCAAUUUAACUCCGGAACAAGUGCAGUUGAGAGAAUUUUUAAAGAGCAAUUCGUCAAAAAAAAGUUUGCGGAGGGAUGAAUUAGAGCAAUUCACUAGUUUACCGAAUGGUUCGAGAGAUAAUGAAGGGAAUAACAAGGCUGGAAUAAUCGCCGCCCUAUUGGUAGCCGGAUUAAUCUUUGCUGUGAUAGUUGGAUUUGUGGUCGUUCCGGGUGUUACGGAUUCCCAAGUUUCUAUUAAUAUCAUUAAUGAUAAGAUAAAAUUAUUAAAAGGGACUAGCAAAAACUCAAUUAAGGUAGUUGCCUACCAAAAAUAUUUCGAUUUUUUGGAGAGAUUAGGUUUAAGAGAAGAAUUUAGUGUUAUUACUACCCAAGAUGAUUUGACUUUGCGUGGAGUUAGCAUUCAACCCGUUUUAAUAAAUGAUAAUAAUAGGAAAGUAGUUAUUUUUUGCCAUGGGGUUACGAAUAAUCGUUGGUCGCUGUUUUACACUAUGCAUCUGGCUUUACAAAGGGGUUAUCGAGUAGUUUCUUAUGAUGCUCGCAAUCAUGGGCUUUCCGAAAAUUUUUCGACUAGUUUAGGUCAGACCGAAGCCUGUGAUUUACAAGACGUUAUUGAUUUUUUCGGCGGGGCUGGUAAUUCCGAAGUAGUAUUUGCUAUUUGCGAGUCUCCUUACGAUGAUGCGGCAAGAGGGAUUAAAGAGGCUUUGGGAAGCGGAAUCAAUUAUUAUUGA